CACCACCGCAGGACUCGACAUCAUUACUGUUAUUCAUUUCCCGGACCGUUGCAGGACAAGAAGCACUCGGCGACCGCGUUCGCAGCUUCAUAACGACUCGACCCCCCGCAAUCCCUCUGCGCUGGUCCAUUUCGCCCUUUCGUCCCAAGUCGCCAUCCCGCGUGUGGUGCCCGACGCUUGCAGCCGCAAGUAGUCCUCGGUCGUUGUCCUUUGCAGCCCCAGCAUCAGCAGUGUUCUGUUCAUCAUGUCUUCGCAUUCACGAGUAUCAAAGACGCCUCGCGCCAGCGCGACCAGCUAUGGUCAGGUCAUCGAGUACAUCCAAGACAGACUCUACCUCGCCUCUUACACACACACUCCGGACGCGAACACACCGUUCCCUUACCCCAAGCAGCACGCGUCGCCGUCGAAGCGCUCGUCGCGUGCGCAGGCUGGCCCUACUGUUACUGCCGCUAAAUCGCUCCCGCCCGUGUACUUCAGCAUCGACAAGACUCUGCUGUACAAUGCCUUCCACGGUGACUUCGGUCCGCUUCACAUCGGCCACUUGUACCGCUUUGCGGUGCAGCUGCAUGAGGUGCUCGGCGACCCUGCCAACGAGGAGCGCGCAGUAGUCUUCUGGAGCGGCGCAGACUCGAGAAGCCGCGCAAACGCCGCGUGCAUCCUUGCGUGCUACAUGGUUCUCAUCCAGUCCUGGCCUCCUCAUCUGGCUCUCGCGCCUAUUGCGCAAAUGGACCCGCCCUGCAUGCCGUUCCGUGAUGCUGGAUACAGCCAGGCUGACUACGUGCUCAACAUCCAGGACGUCAUCUACGGCGUCUGGAAGGCGAAGGAGGAGGGCCUCUGCGGGCUCAAGGACUUCAGCCUCGAGGAGUACGAGAAGUUCGAACGCGUCGACAUGGGCGACUUCAACUGGGUCACUCCCCAAUUCCUGGCUUUCGCCUCGCCUCAGCAACAGCCUACUCACGAGAUCUCCAAGUCGUCGCCGUCGUACGCAGCAAUUCCCUCCAACAUUGCCGAGGUCCAAAAAUCCAGCUUGCCCGGGCCGUUCAAGAAUGUCUUGUCGCACUUCUCCGCGCGCAACAUCGGCCUCGUCGUCCGCUUGAAUUCUGAGCUCUACUCUUCGACCUACUUCGAGAAGCUGGGCAUCAAGCACCUCAACAUGAUCUUCGACGACGGCACCUGCCCUCCUUUGUCGCUUGUUCGUCAGUUCAUCGACCUUGCGCACGAGAUGAUUACUGUGCGCAAGAAGGGUAUCGCUGUGCACUGCAAGGCUGGCCUUGGAAGGACUGGCUGCCUCAUCGGUGCCUACCUCAUCUACAAGCACGGCUUCACUGCCAAUGAGAUCAUCGCCUACAUGCGAUUCAUGCGUCCUGGCAUGGUUGUUGGCCCCCAGCAGCACUGGCUGCACCUCAACCAAAUGACCUUCCGUGAAUGGUGGCACGAGGACACCAUGAAGGCCAAAUUCGCUGAGAUGAUGCCUUCCACUCCCACAGCCUCGCCCCGUAAGCAGCGUUUGGCCAGCAAUGGACAGACCUUCACACCACCGAACGGCUCUCAGAGGCGUGCCGCUCUUGGAGAGAUUGAGUCAAACGAACAGCGCAGCGCUGCGCCUUCCAAUAUUGGCGUUCAGGAAGACAAUCUCCCCGCCCCAACUCCAGGCCAGCCUCGCAAGACCAGCAAGCUUUAUGGCACCGGCAGCGCAAGACACUCUCCAUCUCGCAUGCAUGAGAAUGAGCCGUUUAGCAAAACAGCCGAUGGCAGGUCAGACCUUACCCGCUACGAUGGCGAGUCUGACGAGGAGUACCACAUGCGUCAAAUCGCACGGAGGACAUCGUCUCGAUCGCCGGCUCGCACACCAAGCGCGAUCAAAGAAAAGACACGUCGCGCGUUCAGCACCACUUCUGUCGUCCACACAAUUACGCAUACAUCAUACGGCUUCGGUGAUGGCAGCGACGCUGAGAACACCGCACCGGCGACAAUCAGUGGCCGCCCAAAGACACCAAAGGACAAGGCCGGUAGCGGUAACGGCAUUAGUGUUGGAAAGAUCCGAUCGAGCCCACAACGAAAGAGCACCGAGGGCAAGACUAGUGUUCGAAAGACCAGCGGGAGAGUCGGCAGUGUCGGCAGCUCCAUGGUCCGCCCAAAGUCGUGAGCGAUCUUCUUUGCAUUUGAAUUUCUGCAUCUUCAGUGUUCAGGCACGAACGGCGUACGGGUAUCAUCAUCACCGACAUCUCUAUAUCAGCGCGAUACCAGCGGCAUGAACGGGUAUUCCGCAUUGUCGAUUCGAUAUUCCACAACAAACAACUUCUGAUGAAAGGGCGUUUUGGAUCACGCAGGUGUUUGCAAGGAUCAGCACCUUGCGGGUUGGGUUUCUACAGUCAGGCGUACGGUGUGCUAUUCGAAUUUCCCGAGUCUCUUCUCAGUUUCAGCAUCGGUCAUCACUCAAUAUUGUCUUGUCUUGUUUCUUUCUGCGGUCUGGAGCUGCGGACGUUCAUGACAUAACGAAGAUAACGAGCACUUAGUGUUAACUCUUUCGCACUUCA